GGCGCGCGUCCACGCGACCAGUAACGCUCGGUCGAUUGUUACGAGUCGUCAUGUCAUUCGAGGAUAUAAUCGCGAGAGUGCACAAUAAACCGGCGCUGUGGAAUGCCUCCAACCCCGUUUAUAAAAAGAAGGCGCUGCACAGAAAGAUUUGGCAGUCGAUGGCCACUGAAAUGAAUAUGGACGAAACUAUUUUGAAGAAACGUUGGAAACAUCUUAAAGAUCAGUACAGGAAAGAAUUGAAAAAGUCUACUUGCGAAAACAGCUCUUACGUGUCUGGGUGGCAGCAUUACGACGCGCUUAGUUUUCUAAAAGAUGAACUAUUGUCAAAGGAAAAAUCCAGAAAUACAACACUAUCUGAAACUGAAAGCAUAGGUAAUAGUGACGACGGAGAAGAUGCUAUCGAGGCGAAGAAAGCAAAGAUGACACCAAAAGGUGAAAUAGACGAUCAAGAUUCGAAGAAACUCGGCGUUAUACUAAAGAAAUUGAAUGCAACAAAACAGUUAAUUGAAACGAAGUUAUUGACCAUCGAAGACGGACCCCGAAACGAUCCUGACUACAUGUUCCUUAUGAGCGUGUUACCUUCCAUCAAGCAAUUGACAGAAAUUCAGAAGCUUCACUUUAGAGGAAAAGUGAACGAAUGGUUAUUGGAAACGAUAAUGCAUAAUGAGUAUUCAAAGCAAGGAGAGUAUCAGUCUCAAUUUGAAAAUAAGAUGUUUGUACAAAACCAGAUGUGUACAAAUAGUGUGGAAAGAGAAGACUGAUACAUAACUCUUUGAUUUUUUAUUACGACAGAACUAUAACUGUAGUUAUUUGGAGUUAUGGUUCCUUGAAAAUGAAAACAGUUCAUAUUGUAGUCAGAAAUUACAUAUAAGCAGAGGACAAAGAUUCAUCUGACCAUGAUAAAAUGUUACCGUGUGGUCCCAGCAUAGCAUAGGCCACCCCAUUAUUUCCCGUGGGUGUCGUAAAAAGCAAUUAAGGGAACUUAAUGAUCGAGAGAUGGGCAGUAGCGUCCCUCUUAAAACAUCCCGAAGGCCUAACUGCGGUUGCCAACCCACUUAGCAAGCGUGGCAACUACUAGCAAAACCCCAAUAGAGGGAGGACUAUGUUCAGCAGUGAACAAUAUGGCAAUUCCAUUUGAUAUGUCUGCUGCCAACCUCGUAUCGUUUUUUUUUUCUAAAAGUCGUUUGUAGGUAAAGUGGUGAAGAUCUGUAUCCUUAUGUACCUGCAUUCUUGUUUCAUUCGCUUUCAAACUCGUCUUAUGUAUGUAACAUGAUUCUAGCGACCAGCUCCCUCAGUGAACAUGACAGGCCUGUCUAGGUCUUUUAUAUACCUAUUUGUUUAUUUAGUUGUCACUGAUGAAAUGAGCGUUCCUGUAAUUUCAGGUGUAAAUGAAAAAACAAUUUUUUGUGUAGUCAGAUUUAUUUUUCUACUCGUAGUGAGUAACUAAAUUAGAAUAAGUUUACGGGCAAAUAGUCGAUUUUUUUUUAUUAUUAAAUUGUUCGUUACUAUUUUAAGAAUUGACUGACUAGAUUAAUAAACGUCCUUUCACAUCUUUUAAUGUUUACAUAAUGAUCUUAUAUACAUAAUAAUAAUACAAUAACCUUCUUUUAUAAUACGAUAACAAUAAAAAAAUUGUGAUUUGUAAAAAAUUAUUGCUUACUAACUUUGCCUUGUUAAAACAUGGAAAUAAAAAUUUUCUAUUGAAGAUAAGGCUGUAUGUUUAAGUUCCUUUACCUUUGCUAUUGUGGAUAAAUUGAUAUUACUAUUAUGUAGCUUUUUUUUUUUAUAGGAGAUAAUGAAAUAGUAACCCCACCCGCGCUAUCGGUAUACACAUGCGGGGCACCAGUGAAGGAUGAUAGGUGAGAAUGAAUGCAGGUCAGUUAGCCCAUCGUGACGAAUUCAACGAGAAUUGUUCACGAUGGUUUCCAGGGGGAACUACGUGGAGGUUGACCUGAUGGGCAUAUUGCUAGCAAUGGGGCUGUCAAACUCCAUUGCUAAUAACCCCUUUCUCCCCACUACUACAUAGUUAACCUGACAGAUGUUUUGUUUAAAACAUAUAAAGAACAGCUUCUAUGCGUAUAAGAAAAAGAAAAAUAGGGUUUUAGCAUUUUUUUUUGGACUGCAAAAAUAAAUAUUUGAAGACAAAUUAGCCGAAUUGGUCCGAGCAUUUUCGAGUUUUGCGCUCAGUCAUACAUUGAGCAAUUCAUUUUCGUUUCUAGAGAUUUUUAAUCUUUACAAAGUCUAUUACAAGGAAAAGCCUUAUUUUGUUAUCUUUUCCGAAAACUUAGCCAAAACUAUGGUUUUGUCAAAAUUUUCGAAAAGUGAUAUAAAUCUCUUCGUAUCAAGAUACGUUCCAUAUUUUUAUACAAAGUAAUGUGUGAAUGGUUUCCAUUCUCGAUGCGCAUAUCAACGUAUUCGUGUAGUGUAUUAGUAUGCCAAUCCCACGGGUUUCUGGUUGCAUCCAGCGUCCGGUAGCGCGUGACCGGCAAACGUUAUUUCUUGAUGUGUUUAUAUUUUUUUUAUAUAUACUCUUGAUCGCGUGUUUAAUCAUUUAUUUCUUGGUACUAAAUAUAAUAUCAUUAUUAUGAUACAUUAUAUAUAUAUAUAUAUAUAUAUAUAUA